AAACAUUUUCUUCUCUGUCGCUCAAUGCGCCCCUAGCGUAAAAAUACAGAGAAUGUCAAAGGAAAGCGACCCUGUUUUCAGCUGAAAUAGCGCGUCUUUCAAACGUCAACUAGCUUUCAAAAUAACUGAUAGGUACAAGGACAACAAAAUUUGUGACUUUUUCACCUAUGUUAAUGGAAAUUAAGUUGCUAAAAUUUUUAUGAACCAAACAACCCGCAAUUUAUAAGACAUUUACAUUCUAUAAGACAACAUGAAGGCAAUCGCACGCACGCCACUGCGUUUACCAAAAACGCCACGUGGCCAAACACAGCAUACUGAACGAAAAUCGGAUCAUGAUGCCAAUAAACCACGCGAUCCCGUCCAUGUUUAUUGUCGCGUACGACCAUUGCAAUCGGAUGCUGAUUUAUCAUGUGUACGUGUGAAAAACACGACCACCGUUGUGCUGACUCCACCUGAGCAGGCUUUGCAGACCAAACAAGGAGCACAACGUGAGUUGCAGUACAUAUUCAAACACGUCUUCGAACCACACUUAUCACAAGCUGAUGUCUUCGCUUCUGUUGCCCAGCCGUUGGUAGAAAAUCUUAUACGUGGCCGUAACAGCCUACUAUUUACCUAUGGCGUAACUGGUAGUGGUAAAACAUACACAAUGACAGGAGAUGCCCGUCACCGCGGCAUAAUGCCACGUUGUUUGGAUGCAUUGUUCAAAACAAUAUCCGAUUACCAGGCAAAAAAGUAUAUCUUCAAACCUGACAAACUUAAUGGUUUUGAAAUAUCAUCAGAAGCCGACGCCCUUCUUGAGCGGCAGGCAGAAAUGAAUAGAAGGUUCGCAGCUGGUGAACGCGGAGCUCUAAGGCGAAAAGAUUCUGACCCUGAAAUCGCAUCGCAAGCUUCGUGUGAUAUACCACCUCUACAAGGACUUGAAGAAGACAACAUGUUUGCUGUUUUUGUAACUUACAUUGAGAUUUAUAAUAAUAGUGUUUACGACCUUCUGGAGGAAGACGCGCCUCAGAAAACUUUGCAAAGCAAAAUUAUUCGAGCAGAUGCCAAUCAUAAUAUGUUCGUACACGGCGUCACAGAAAUAGAAAUAAAAUCGGUGGAGGAAGCGAUCGAAGCAUUCCAGUUUGGUCAAAAACGCAAACGUAUGGGUCAUACAGUCCUAAAUGCAGAGUCUAGUCGAAGUCAUUCUGUAUUUAAUAUACGUUUGGUGCAAGCUCCGACUGAUUGUAAGGGUGAACACGUCGUCCAGGAUAAGCGCACCAUUGUUGUGAGCCAGCUUUCGCUUGUCGACUUGGCAGGCAGUGAACGUUCAUCCCGUACUAAAAACACAGGCAUGCGAUUGCGUGAGGCUUCAAGUAUUAACAACUCAUUGAUGACGCUGCGCACCUGCCUCGAGUAUCUACGCGAAAAUCAGCAGGCAUCACCGAAUUGUGCACCAAAAAAAAUUCCAUAUCGUGACUCAAAGCUUACACAUAUGUUCAAAAAUUAUUUUGAUGGUGAAGGCCAAGUGUCUAUGAUAGUCUGUAUCAAUCCUCGUGCGGAGGACUAUGAUGAAAACACGCAAGUAAUGAAGUUUGCCGAAAUGACACAAGAGGUCCAGAUUGCUCGCGCCACGCCCAUGACACAAGAUCUUGGGUUAACGCCUGGGCGCCGAAAGGCAAAUAAGCUUUUUAAAAUUGCGGUCAACAACCUCAAUGACUUGGGUUACACAGAUGCCAAUAAAUUGGAUGUGGAUAUUGGUUUAGUAUACUCACUAGGCCCUGGGUUCCCUGACUACAAAAUCGACAGUCCUGAAGCUCAGACCGCCAUACAAGAGUUGAUGCAGUAUUUAAUGCAACGCAUAGAGAAACGCAAAAUAUUGUGUGCUGACUUGGAGACUCGAUGCGAUAACUUCCGCUCACAUUUGAUGCAAAUGGAACGGGAAAACCUACAGUUGCGUACUGAAUUGGCGUCACUAAAGACAGUCUAUAAACAGGAACGCGAACGAAUGUUGGCAAUGGAAAAUAAAUUACGUGUUCACGAAAGUUCUAUCGACGAACUGAACAAUAAACUAGGUAAUCGGGAAAGGCAGAUUGACGAACUUUCGCGAAAGUUAAGGGAUCAGCAAAAUAUGCUAACUCAAAAGGAGCAAGAGAAGGAGAAACAGAAAAAGAAAUUUACAUCCAAGCUAGCUGUUGAAGUAGACAAAAAGGACCGUGAAUUGGAAAUCAGGUUACGUGAACAACGCGAUAAAAUGCGCGAAAAGAUGCGUGUGCGGGAUGAGAAGCUACGACUCGUGUCAGACAUUAUACAAUCGGAAGAUAUUCCUAGUAUGGUACGGCGGAAUAGUAAUGAAAAUGGCUUCGAUGAUAAGAUGGCCAUUGCAGAGCCGCCAUCGACUAAUCGUGCUGAGUCCACACAAAUAAAUAGUGCGCGGACUGAGCUGUAUUCGACGCCGCGUCAUGUUAGGGGAAUGGCAGCAGCAAACAAUAGGCACCGGCGUUCACGUUCAGCUGGUGAGAAGUGGAUCGAACAUCGUGCCCCUAACCCUGUACCUCUCGGCACUAUUCUGCAACCAUAUCUUAAAAAUCGUAAAUCGAUCACCAAGCUAACUGAUGCCAAAGAGCUUACCAAUCACAAGAACACAAAAUAUUGUCUGGUUUCUCAGGAGGCAGACACCGAUGGCGAUGUCGAAACUAAGCUCUACAAAGGUAAUGUCAUUCCAACAUGUGGUGGUGGUGCUCAAGUGGUAUUUGAUGAUGUAGAGUGUUUGAAGCAAAAGUCUCCAGUGACUUCGCCAAAUCGCAAACGUCCAAGUAAUGGUGGAAUGACCUUAAGUGGUUUGGGUGGUGGUGCUACUUCUUCGGCGCUGUCAGCAGCAGCAUUCAGCGGCGGAACAUCUGCAGCCCAAGACUUAGCAUCGCGUUGUAAUGUUGGCAUCGAGGGUCAUAACAACAAACGCACUAAGGUGUAGGAAUGACAAG